AUGUCUCCUGGCUGGCUCAAGCCAUGGAACUUCGUCAUUGGGUUACCUAUCCUGGCCGCCGUCGUGGCCCUGUGUCAGUUCCUGUACAAUAUCUACUUCCACCCACUGGCACAAUUUCCUGGGCCAGUCCUCUACCGCGGCUCUCAUCUCCCCAAGAUUAUACAGCAGAUCAGGGGCACUGUGCACGAGAAGAUGCUCGAGCUCCACGAGCAGUAUGGGCCUGUCGUCCGCCUUGCCCCCAACGAGCUGACCUACACGUCGGCUACUGCGCUGCGGGAGAUCUACGGGAACCGUGGCGGCAAGAAAUCGAUGCCCCCUCAGUCGACCCUGGGCAAGCACGACCAGAAGAUGUUUGGGGCCACUGCCUUCCUCUGGCUCGAGUCGCAUACCGAGCACCUCCGCCACCGCAGGGUCCUCGCCACGUCCUUCUCCGAGACCUCGCUCAGAGCGCAGCAGCCCAUCAUCCUGGGCUAUGCGGAGCUCCUCACCAAGAAGCUCGGCGAGCGCGCCUCGAGGGGCGAGGUGGUGGACCUGUGGGCCUGGUUCAACUACCUCACGUUUGAUGUGAUUGGGGACCUGACGUUUGGAGAGCCGUUCGGCUGCGUCAAGGACGGCCAGUUCCACCCCUGGAUCUCCUUCAUCUUCUCCAACCUGACGAACAUGAUGUACGCCCAGAUGGUCACCACGAUGGGGUACCUCGGGGCGUUUAUCGAGAUGCUGGUCCCCAGGAAGGUCUGGGCCGAGGCCAUAUCGCACGCCCAGGCGACAAGAGACAAGGUCGACAGGCGCCUGGCUCGGAAGACGGACCGACCAGACUUUGUCACAGGCUUCAUGAAGUACAUCAACAAGCCCGGCGGCAUCACGUCCAACGAGCUGUAUGCGGACUCCAACAUCUUCCUGAUGGCCGGCUCCGAGACGUCAGCCACCCUGCUGGCCGCGGCUGUCUACUACCUCCUCCGCAGCCCAGACAAGCUCCGCAAGCUCGAGGCGGAGAUCCGCGGGACGUUCACGCGCGAGGAAGAAAUCGAUUUCUCCUCGGUGAGCAGGCUGCCGUACCUCGUCGCCGUCAUCAACGAGGCCCUGCGGAUCCACCCCUCCUUGCCCGCCGGGGUCAACCGGACCGUUCCGCCAGGCGGCGCGGUCAUAGACGGCAGGCUCGUCGCCGAGGGCACAAUCCUCCAGGUCCCUCACUGGGCGGCGUUCCACCUCGACGCCAACUUUCGGGACCCCUGGGCUUUCGUCCCCGAGAGGUGGCUCGAGCCGUGCCCGGCGCGGUUCGUCGACGACAACAAGGACGUGUUCCAGCCCUUUAGUUAUGGCCAGCGCAAUUGCAUCGGCCGCAGCCUGGCCUACAUGGAGGCCAAGAUCACCCUGUCCAGGCUGAUCAUGGUCUUCGACAUGGAACUCAUGCCCGAGAGUGCCGACUGGAGCAGGCAGAAGGUGUUCCUGCUGUGGGAAAAAAGGCCUCUGUACGUGCGACUCACGCAGCGGUCUGAGGGAGGCAACCUGUCUCGAGCGUAG